GUCAAUAAAACUUUGUGCACUGACACACACAACUUCCAGCACCCGCCAGCUGGGCCAAAAUGGGGAUUAGCAAAGCCGUCUUUCUCUUUCUUUUCUUGCUCAGCUCAGCCCUAGGAAAUAUACUAGAUGGCUAUGUAAGAACUGAGGGGGCUUGGCUGCUUAGCCCAAAGAAGCAAAUUUAUAAGACAAGUAGUGAAGAAGACUGUGCACAGCAAUGUGAAACUGAAAACAAAUUCACUUGCAGGGCCUUCUUAUUCACCAGUAAAGACCAACAGUGUUUAACAUUGGCUGAGAACACCAAAACAGCAGUAAUAUUCAGAAGAACAAAUGCCGUUCUUUAUGAAAAAAGAAUUUAUCUUCUAGAAUGCAAGAAGGGAAAAGGGGUGGAUUACAGAGGAACAGAAGCCAAAACUCGGAAGGGUGUGCAAUGCCAGAAGUGGGCUGAUAAUGUACCCCAUAAACCAAAUUACACACCUGAAAAACAUCCCAAUGCAGGGUUGGAGGAAAACUACUGCAGAAAUCCCGACAAAGAUGUAAAGGGACCCUGGUGUUACACAACAGACCCUGCUACCAGAUUUGAUUAUUGUAACAUUCCAGAGUGCGAAGUGGAGUGCAUGCACUGCAGUGGAGAAAACUAUCACGGAGUAAUUGCAACAACAGUAUCUGGGAUUGAGUGCCAGCACUGGGACUCCCAGAAGCCUCACUCUCAUGGAUACCUGCCUGAAAGUUUUCCAGAGAAGGAUCUGAAAAUGAAUUUUUGCCGUAAUCCUGAUGGUGAACCUAGACCCUGGUGUUUCACUACCAGCCCCACUAAACGCUGGGAAUAUUGUGACAUACCUCGUUGCACUAGCCCCCCACCAAGUCCCAAGCCAGGGCGGCAGUGUCUGUCAGGAAGAGGAGAAGACUACCAAGGCAAGAUAUCUGUUACUGAAUCAGGAAAUACCUGUCAGCACUGGAGUGCUCAGUCUCCUCACAAACAUGCCCGCACUCCUGAAAACUAUCCCUGCAAGAACUUAGAGCAAAACUACUGUAGAAACCCCGAUGAUGAGAAGAUGCCAUGGUGUUACACCACCAACAGAACCGCUCGGUGGGAAUAUUGCACCAUACCCUCCUGUGAUGGGACAGAGCCAGAGAACCCUGCUGUUGAUGUGCCUGAGCAGGCUCAAAUUACUGAGGAGUGCUAUCAAGGCAAUGGCAUGAAUUAUCGUGGCACGACUUCUCAUACUGUCACGGGAAAGAAAUGUCAAGCCUGGAACUCAAUGUCACCACAUCGUCACAAUAAAACGGCAGAACAAUUUCCAGAUGCGGACCUGAAGCAGAAUUAUUGCAGAAACCCAGAUGCCGAUAGCCGUCCAUGGUGUUACACCACUGACCCCAGUGUAAGAUGGGAGUACUGCAACCUGAAGAGGUGUGAAGAUCCUACGCAAGCGAUUUUACCCAAACCUCCUCAGACAACACUAGAACCAAACCCUGAAUGUAUAAAUGGUAAUGGUAAAGAUUAUCGUGGCACAGCAGCAAAAACUGGAAGGGGCAGGACUUGUCAAGCAUGGAGUUCUCAAACACCUCAUAGCCAUGACUAUUUCACUCCCAUGACUCAUCCAGAAGCAGGCCUGGAUAAAAAUUAUUGCAGGAAUCCUGAUGGAGACGUGAAUGGACCUUGGUGCUAUACAACAGACCCAAGAAAAGCCUGGGAGUACUGUGACAUUCCCAAGUGCCCUCCUGCUCAGUAUGAGUGUGGAAAAUCCAAGUUCAGGCCAAAGCUGUGCGCUCAAAGGAUUGUUGCUGGGUGUAUUUCACAUCCACACUCCUGGCCCUGGCAAGUCAGUCUCCGGACAAGUUUUGGCCUACAUUUUUGUGGGGGCACUCUGAUAGAUCCACAGUGGGUUCUUACUGCAGCUCAUUGUUUAGAAAAGUCAUCACGGCCAUCUGCAUACAAAGUAUUCCUUGGAUUACACAGAGAAAGAGCGUUAGAGACAUCAGUGCAAAAACGAGACGUUGAGAAAUUGUUCAAGGAGCCACAUGGGGUAGACAUUGCUCUGCUGAAACUGAGCAGCCCAGCAGUCAUCAAUGACCAUAUAACCCCAGUUUGUUUGCCUAGAGAAAAUACCGUGUUAGGAGGAAGAGAGGAGUGCUAUGUGACCGGCUGGGGGGAUACAAAAGAAACUGGUGGAGAUGGCUACUUAAAGGAAACUGGUUUCCCUGUAAUUGAGAAUAAAAUAUGCAAUCGCCCUGAAUUUCUGAAUGGAAAAGUCAAAAACCAUGAGCUCUGUGCUGGGAAUAUUCAUGGAGGCACAGACACCUGCCAGGGGGACAGUGGAGGACCUCUAGUCUGUCUUGAUCAAGAUAAAUUUGUCCAACAUGGAGUCACCUCCUGGGGCCUUGGAUGUGCCCAACCUAUGAAACCUGGUGUUUACGUCAGAGUUUCUAACUACAUUCCUUGGAUUAAUAAUAUAAUGAAAAACUACUGAUCCUGGGUAUGGACUGCCCUCACCUGGAAAGCAGUACGCACAUUAGAAAUAGAAGAUUCCAAGUGCAAUAUUAAAGCUACAAUCAUUCCUAAGAAAGUAAAAUAAAUAUAAUCAGCCAUUUUAAAUCACUAUAAAUUAACAGUCAUUGCCAAGAAACCUAGCUGGUGAGUUGUUACUCUCUUUCCAAUACGUAUUUGACAAUCUGUAUUUGACAAUAAACCUACCAACCCCUGAAAAUACUUGUCAAAAAUCCCAGUAUCAUCUGUAACAGGACCUCUACAUUUCAAACUUAUAUUAAGCUCUAGAAUGACUUCUUCUAAGGUUCAAUUUCCCAAGAUGUUGAGCCUCCAAUAAACGAGGAGAACUACUGCUCACUUCCUAUGAGGCAUCUGACCUUCUUACCCACUUAAUGAUCUAAAACAAAGAAUAGUCUCACUGUGGAUGUCCUUUAUGCAUGCCAAGUUUUAUUAGAUGUAUAUUCUAUGGCAUCAAAUACAUGGGAUGGAAAAGAGAAGCAAAUGCCUUUGAUUUGUAUUGUCAUAUUUUUUAUUGACAUGGAAAACUAUGAGUCAGCAAAAGUACAACUGUUGCACCAGAGAUACAAUAUAGUGAAUAGAAAAUAGACCAACCUAACGUUAGUCCAUAGAAAUAGCUGAGAAAUAGCUGAUAUCAGUCAUUGCAGCAAGUAAUGACAAUGCAUGUAUUGUAUUAUAAAAUUGUCAGCAACAGUA